CUUCCGGCCGGUAGGGUGAGAGGUCGCGGCGUCAUGUGAGCCCAAGAUGGCGGCGGUGCCGCGGCGCCCGUGAGGGGAGCGGGGCCGGGGCUGCCCGGCCGAGACGGGGUCGGGGGGGGGCCGGGGCGGCCUCGGCGCUCCAUGUCGGCGCCCCCCCUGCGGGAAUAAUGAUCAGCGCCCCCGACGUAGUGGCCUUCACCCGGGAGGAGGAGCUGGGGGACGAGCUGUACCGGGAGCCGCCGCUGCCCGAGGAGUACUCCGUGCCGCUCUUCCCCUUCGCCGGCCACGGCGCCAACCCCUGGGCCAAGGUCGCCAGCUCCAAGUUCAGCCGGGACUUCAUCCUCAUCUCCGAGUUCUCGGAGCAGGUGGGGCCGCAGCCCCUGCUGACCAUCCCCGAUGACGCCAAGGUGCCAGGCAGUUUCGAUCUCAAUUAUUUCUCCCUUCGGAUCAUGUCGGUGGAUUACCAGGCUUCUUUCGUGGGACACCCUCCCGGCUGCGCCUACCCCAAGCUGAACUUUGUGGAGGACUCCAAAGUGGUGCUGGGGGACUCCAAGGAAGGGGCCUUUGCCUACGUGCACCACCUGACGCUGUAUGACCUGGAAGCCAGGGGCUUCGUGAGGCCCUUCUGCAUGGCCUACAUUUCUGCUGACGAGCACAAAAUCAUGCAGCAGUUUCAGGAACUCUCUGCUGAGUUCUCCAAAGCCUCUGAAUGCCUGAAGACGGGGAACAGGAAGGCAUUUGCUAGUGAGCUUGAGAAGAAGCUGAAGGAUCUUGACUACACCAGGACUGUGCUGCACAACGAAACAGAGAUACAGAAGAAAGCCAAUGACAAGGGGUAUUACACAACCCAAGCCAUCGAAAAGGCCAACGAGUUGGCCAGCGUGGAAAAGUCUAUUAUUGAGCAUCAAGAUCUGCUAAAGCAGAUUAGAUCGUACCCCUAUAGGAAGCUGAAGGAGUCUGACUUCCACCCCUAUGAGCCUGAAUGUACACUGGAUCAGGCUGGCGCAGGCAGUGAACAGGACCUGGCUGCCUCAGACCCUGCUGAGCCAGGUGAAAUGCACCUCUACUCCCGCCUGCCCUCCUACACUCCCAAACUCAUCAAAGCAAAGCCUGCCAAAUGCUUUGACAAGAAGCUGAAAACGCUGGAGGAACUCUGCGAUAUUUAUUUUUUCACCCAGACCCUAGAUCAAUUGCACCACAUUGAGAGGACUUUCAGAGGCGAUGUGUGCUACCUCCUGACAAACCAGAUCAGUAGGGCACUUCUGAAGCAACAAAAUAUAACUAACUUUCUGUUUGAAGAUGUAUCUUUUCUAGAUGAAAAGGCACCUGAAAACCGGGACAGAGGCUGUCAGGGACUCAGUCAAGAUGCUGCUGACAGAAAGUGUUCAGAAGAGUCCUCCACUCCUAAAGUGGUUAUCAGCCUGGGGUCCUACAAGUCCAGUGUGGAGUGUGUCCCAAUCAAGAUGGAGCAGGACAUGGACGACCCUCAAGAACCUGCAAUGACAGAAUCCAUAACUUUUGAACACCAGGAGAACCUGGACUAUCUUGAUGCAGAUCUUAAAGGGAGUAUCAGUAGCGGUGAGAGCAUUGAAGUUCUUGGAACAGAGAAAUCUGCGUCUGGGCUGAUGAAAUCGGAGAGCCAGGCCAGCUUGCCCAUCAGCCCGAGCCCCCAGGUGGGCAGGAGCAAGGUGGGCAGCCGGAGGACAGUCAGCGAGGACAGCAUUGAAGUCCUCAGUACCUGCCCCUCUGAAUCUCUUAUCCCAGAAGAUUUCAAAGCAAGCUACCCAAGUGCAAUUAAUGAGGAACCUUACGUGGAUGAUGAAGAGGGAGGCCUUCGUUUCAACCCCAGAUUAAACCCAGACAACACUGACGAGCAGGAGGAUGUCUCAAACCAGGAAAACUUGGCACAGAUUGAUUCUGCCUGCUGUAUUGGGAAGGAGAGCCCCAACUUCCUCGAGCCUCUACCCGAACUGGGCCAGAAGCAGUGCGAUGAAGAUGGUGUGGUCAGGAUUCCCCCUCAGCCAUACAGGCAGGCUGAGCAGGGGCUGCAUAGCAGCUUUGUGGGCUCCCCACCCUGUGACAGUGCUUCAGGGGGGCUCCUUCCCCACGAGCUCGAUUCACGCUACCCCACAGCAGGCAGGGAGGUGAGCAGGACCAGCCUGGAUGAGUGCUCAGACUCCACGAGCUACAUCAGCAGCGCUGCCUCCACCUGCUCCGACCGAACACCGUCUCCCGCUCACCCCGUGUGCCUCGCGAAUGAGAGGCACAAAAAGAAGGCUGGGCAGAACGCGCUGCGGUUCAUCAGGCAAUACCCCUUUGCCCACCCUGCGAUAUACUCUCUGCUCAGUGGAAGGACCCUGGUAGUGCUGGGGGAAGAUGAAGCAAUAGUCAAGAAGCUUGUGACCGCACUCUCCAUCUUUGUGCCGAACUGUGGUGCUUAUGCCAAACCUGUGAAACACUGGGUCACUUCCCCUCUGCAUGUGGUGGAUUUCCAGAAAUGGAAGCUGAUCGGGCUCCAGAGGACUGUGUCUCCGGCCGGAGUGAACGUGCUGCACGCGCUGAGCCGCUAUAGCCGCUAUGUCAGCAUCCUGGAUGCAGACAGUAAGACGCUCCGCUGCCCGAUGUACAAAGGCACCUUGGUGGCCAGGCUGGCAGACCACCGCACGCAGAUCAAACGGGGCAGCACCUACUACAUGCACGUCCAAAGCGUCCUCACCCAGCUGUGUUCAAAAGCCUUCCUCUAUACCUUCUGCCACCAUUUGCACCUUCCCAUCAACGAAAGGGAAUCGGAGGAAUCCGUUGUGAACCGCAGGAUGAACUUUCUGAAGCUUCAUCUGGGCCUUGCCAAUGAAGAUAUUAAAAUUGUACAGUAUUUAGCCGAGCUGCUGAAGCUGCAGUACAUUCAGGAACCCGGCCAGGGGGUGAAUCCUCUGCUCAGAUUUGACUACGUUCCCAGCUUUUUGUACAAAAUCUAGCAGCAUGUAGGCUGUCUGCCUGCAUACUUGGAUUCUGAUAAAGAUCAUCCGUGCUUGGCAUUGACGCUGUCCGCAGUAGCUGUCAUACAUCAGGAAGGGGCAAAGAAGCCAUUGUAUUUGCAAGCAUUUCUGCUUCAUAGAAAUCAGUGUCUGAGGGACUGAAUUUCAGUGUGGUUCUCUCUUGUUGAGAAUAUAGGUGUUCCAUCACGUAAAACACUGGGCACUUUGUUUUUAAAUGUUAGAAGGGACACUAUUAACUUUUAAAAUAUAUCAUGGUAGCAUCCCAGGGGGAUUAUGGCAUGGAGGGAGAGAUGAGCAGUGCUUAGUGGUGUGCAGCUCCCAGAACAUGCAGGACUCUGCACUUCUGCCAGAGCCCUGAAUGUUGUUGCUCCUUUCCAUGGAGCCAGAGCAGAGACCAGCAGGGAAAUAUAAAGGCCACAUGAAGUUUUUUAUCUCGGUAGUGUCUCAUGUGAGCGUGGGAUGUAAGCAGUGUACACAUGGAAGCUCCCUGGCAGGAUAGCAGUGUGCAUUCACCUGUGUGAAGCAGCAGCUGGUGGUGUUCUUUUCCAUGUUUUCUGAGCUUCCCAGAAUUGCUUGUCCCUGGGCCUGAGGCACAUGGAUUUCCCUCCAGAAAGUGUUUGCCAGUUUCUCAGCUGUGUUAAAACCUGGAGUGGAGUUGAACUCCUUAAGUGGGCUAGCACCAAGGCUCUGCUGCUGUGAAUGUAGAGCACCGUGCCUUGUUAAUUUGUCACGUCCUGUUUGCUGGGCGAGCUCUGAGAAGGGUGGGAAUCAUAAAAACUUGUGAAGCUGAGAGUGACCUGCUAAGGAGAGGCUGAGUCUGAAGCGAAUGGGCUCUAAGGUGCUUUUUGUGAUGGAGAGACCAGCAGUGCAAUUCAGCUGAAGCUAUGCUGUGAGACAGCAAGCCUCUGCAGCAGGCUGCCCAGCCAGUGAGGUACUAGUGCUCAGGAGAGGGCUAGGAGGAACUGAGUGGAUUCCACGUUGUAUCUGUAUAGUUUCUAUUUUUGUUGUUUUUGGGGGAUUGACUUUUGUGUUUGGUGGCAAAGCCAGGUCAUUGUCACCACCUGCUGCUUCUGGCUGUGCCAAUUCAGUUUAUUUUAUUGCCAAGCUUUUGCCGUGCAUCGACUACCUCUCACAUUGUGCUCUGGGUGGUUCAGGACAGGGCAGAGCUGCAGAUCUCUGAGCCCAGACACAAGCACUUCCUUUUGAAGCUUCCACGCUGCUGUCAGCGCCAGAAGGGCGGUGCCGCCGUCACAGUGAUGCCGCUGGAGGAUUGAUUGUUCCCUUUGGUGCUGGGAGCUUUGUGCCAGACACAGCGCUUCCCUCUGGAGCCUGGCAGGAGGUGCAACUUGUUGGCUGCAGCCUGCUCUGUCCUGUGCUGUGUGGAAGCAGCAGCUCCUGUGCUACUCCUGAGCAAGAGAAAGAAGUCUUGCUAGGAAAGGUAGCCUGGUUUUAUUUCUUUUUAGCACUUUUCUGUUUAUGGGAUGAGAACAGCUAAGAUUGUACAAGAGUAAUUGAAGUUUUGCUUUUUUAAAUUUUUAUUUGCUUGUUUUUAAAACCUCUGUUUAUCAUGAUCGUGUAAGACAGCGCUGGAAUGGAAUGUGAUCCUUCCAUGCCUGGGGAAGUUUCUGUGUGGAUGGAGGCUGGGGUUUGUCAGCAUCAGCCUAAACCCUCUGGAAACAUGCUGGGAUAACUGUGCUGCUCGGAUUCCUGUGCCCCAAGGACAGGGAGCCUCCGUGGGGAGGCUGUCAUCCAGCCACCAGCAUCACCACUUCAGUACCAACCUCCUGCUGCCCUGCCUGCAGAGGGCCCUUGGAGCAGUCCAGGAGGUAUUAACCAACAAGGCAAAGGUCUGUUUCAAGUAGCAGCAUCACUUGUGGUGGCUUGCAGUGAGGCAGCUGGGACGUUUGAGCUCGUAAUGCUCUCCAGAGGGGUUUCAAGGCCAGGAGUUCCUUGUGCUGGUCUCUUUGGAGCACAGUGGGGAAGCAGUAUGGCUUUGUGUUUGCUAAAGGGGAGCAGUGUGCGAGCACGUGGGGCUGCACACCCUCCUAGCAUGUUCAAAGACCUUUUCCUUCUCUGAUACUAUCUGUGUCCUCCUGUACACUGUUGUCGCAUGUAACUGGGUCUGCUGGUGAAGGACUUCCACGUCCAUAGAAAACGUGCUUUCUGAAGUGACUGGAGGUGUCUCUUUGUUGAUCUGUGUGCAUCUAGGCGACUUCCAGGUGAGAUUCCCUGGGAUGAGGAAUGCACCGGGCAGUCUGAAGCUCCCUGCACCCUGUGUGACUCACAGCUCUGGAAAAGCUUUUGUCACGAUGGCUCAUGUUUUGUGCUGGGAAACUACCUGCGGUGUUUGGGUUUGAGGAGGGAGGGAGGAACUCUUUGCCUGCUGACUCACGUGUCUCUUCCUGCAGGCUGACAGCUCAGAGCAGCAGAGCAGGAUCGAUGAUCAAUGAUCGAUGUUGGCUGAUGUCGUAGUCAUAAUGGUCUUUAUCUGGAACAUUCAGCUGCCCUCAUAAACUGUCAGAUAAGUCAUUUCUCCUCUACCAAACCUAAAGUACUGAUAUUCAAGGCUGUGUUGAGCAAUACUUGCACUUCCACCUGUCUGACCUGCUUUAUCUCUCCACCACAAAGCACUUCUGAAUUUUGGAGGAUGCCCUGGGGGCUUCACUGGGGCUGUCACCUGUGUUAUCUGCACCUGGGCCAUUGGGAGGGAGCUGUGUGGAAACAUGUCUGGGAGCAUUUGUGCUAAGGACCGCCUUGUGACCAAACAGCUGGAUGCCCUGAGCUCACCUUCCUGCACAGGGCAGUGAGGAGUCGUGCCAGGCUCCGGGCAGCACCUAACUGACAUUGCAGUCGAGGGCAGUUGGAUGCAGCUGGUGAUUCAGGAGCUGAAUUCCACUUUGCUCAGUCAUUUAUCUGUCUUUCUGAUCUGACUGCACAGUAAAGAUCCCUAUAUCGGCACUUUAAGACAUUUUCCUCAUCUUCACUGUGUUACCUCACUAGUUUCCAAUACUGGCAGACUUGCAACAAGUUAAGAUCUUACUAACAGCUCCUGUGAAGAAUCCUAGCAUGUGUGUUAGCUGGCUUGUACCACACCCCAGUCCUCCAGCACGAGCAGGGCUGAUUCCCCACAGCCACUGUGUGAUGCUGCCCAGCCUUCCUGCAUCUGCUCUCCAUACCAAUGCCAGCAGUGUUGUGCACAGCCCCGAUCUGCUCCUGCAAAUGCUGCCGCCCGCCCUGCGCUCCUGCAUGCUGGCUGCAGCUCUGUCCUCUGCUGGCUGCUGUGGGAUGAAGGCUUUUAAGGCCAGUUGGAGAAUUUAUCAGGGGAAAGGCCUCCUGUGGCCGCCUGGCUGGGAGGGCAGGGCUCGGUGUUUGUGCUCCUCUUCUUCCCUGCGUUGGGAGACAUCUGCUCGCUUGUGCUCUGAGCUGUGCUGCCAGCCCCUUUGGGAUCCCACCACAAGGAUGGUCAGCCAUAGGAGUAGGCGAUACCAACCCUAUGCAGGUUGCAUUUCUCAGAGGAUAGUGCUUGGAUUUUCUUUCAUCCAGUAGCAAUCACUUCUAAGCAGCUCCAAAGCUGUCUUGCCUUGACUAGGGAAGCACUGCCUAUACUCUAGCAAUAUUAACCAUUUUGUAAGGGCUGGGAGAAGCACUUGAGGAGUGAGAGCUGAUGUCUCCCUGCCCCAGGCCUGUCCUGUAGUUUCCAUUCAGCACUGAAAUGAAUGCCGGCAGCCCUGAGCCCACAGCCUCGGGGCAGGUGACUGCCCACACUGCUGGUUUGGCAUCCUGGAGAGCUGGGCAGGACCCACUGCAGGACACGGGGCUUAUAGCAGCGCUUCAGAAAGGCACCUCUGUGUGUGCUGGGCAAUUCAGUGAGCUGCGUGGGUGAAGGAGGGUGCCAGCUCUGUGCUGUGCCCCGAAAGCACAACGUUAGACUGAGCAGGACUGUACCCUGCUAUUUGAGGGAGCCUCACGCUUGCUGCCAGCGCUGGGGAGGUUGCAGAGCUGUGGCUCACUGCUCAUGAGAUGUGUUUUAACUGGAAGGCAGAAACACAGGGUACCCGGCCCUGCUGCUCACCCCAGUGCAGGGCGAGCACAGAUGGGGAUGGGGCUGGGGUAGGAGCUGCCUCUGAGUGCUGCGAGGAGGCUGUGAUGAAUUCUCAUCUUAUUUUAAAGCACUGUAUCCUAUUACUGCAUGUUGAAUUACGUGUGUGUGCCUGUGUGUACCGAAUGCUUGUGUCAGUAGUUAGAGCGAGUGUGACAGGAGAAGUCCAAGAAGCAUGUCUCAGUGUCGUGCUGUGUUACUGCACAAGAACUUACCAGAUGUUAACACCAAAUGACUAGUCUGAGAAAUGUACUUUAAAAAAAAAAAUUAUUUAUUUGGGUUCAGAUAUUUUUGAAAUACAAAAAUUGGUUGUAUUUUUUAAAGCUUAUAAUUCUUGUCAUACAUUGUGGUUAAAUUCUUAAUUUUACUGUGCUUAUUAAAAAAUGGUUCUACCUAA